AUGGGCUCCUGUCACUUCCCCGUAACCCCAGUGACCCCCUUCCUCCCCUCUCUCCCCCUUUCCCCCGCCCCAAAGCCCAUCUCCGUCCCCCAGGCCAGCACUAGACCACGCCUUGAGGCCCUGCUCCCAUUGUGCCUCUUCUGUUUGGGGCCUUUGUGCAACUCUAAUCACCCGUGGGCCCCUCGUAACCCCCCGUACCCCCCUCACCCCCCACCAUCACCACGGUCCACCCACACUCCCCCUUACCGCACACAUGUCCCGGCCCAGUUACUGUGA